AUGGAUGAGAUUAAGAUAGACCCAACUAAAUAUAAAAAGUGGAAGAUUUAUACUAGGUCUGAAGAAUUAGAAGAAGACCUACAGCUAUAUAAAGAAGGAACUGAAAUCAUGAACCUGCUCAAAAAAAAGCACAGACCAAGCUUUGGACAAGAAAAAGUGAUAAACAUCUUCACACUUGAACAAAUACUAGAUAGUAAAGGAGCAUUAUUGCUUACAUGA